AUGCAUCCUCCACCUAAGAAUCUCCUUUCCUCUCCCGACCACAGUUCCUCGCGGGAGGUGCGGAACUUGGCGGAGAAGGUGCGUCGCGACAAGCUGAACCGACACGUGACAGAGCUGGCCAGUCUGGUGCCUCUAGUGGCUGGGGCCGGGAGGAAGGUGGACAAGACCUCUGUGCUGCGGCUCGCGGCCAGUUACAUCAGGAUGAACGACAUUCUGUCUAAGGAGGAGGCCAGCGGUGUGAGGGAGGUGCUUCCUGGCCUACUGGACGCCCCCCUCUCCCACACACUCUCCCAGGCUAUCGGGGGGUUCCUGUUGGUGGUAACCUCAACAGGGAAGGUAGCCUAUGUCGCCCAAGCCAUCGAGCACUUCUUUGGACACACGCAGGUUGACCUCCUGGGACACAGUGUGUACGGCAUCAUCCACCCAGAGGACCGCCUUAUAAUGGAGGAACAACUCUCCUCCAUGGGUAGUUCACGGCGGUCGUUUUUCUGCCGCAUGACAGAGAAAGUUGCGUCCAAGGGUGACCCUUGUCGUUAUGAGAUCAUCCAUGUAGUAGGCAGCUUCCGACCACUACCUCAUCCCACGCCCACAAAACCCACGUCAGCACACACACCUUCGCCCACAACUGUACCCUCCAGGGACUUAGGAGUGUUAGUACAGGAGGAAACUGGAGUACCGGAGAAAACCUGCGAUGUCUGGGAAUUGGACCUGGGACGCAGUGGUGAGGGACAAACAUACUACCGCUGUACUACCAACAUAACAUUUGCCUCGAGUAUUUACAGCCAUCUGCUCCACAAUGUGAUGCAGACUACACCUGUCACCCCUUGUGUUUCCUUGACAAAUGAUGACAACAGUGACCAUCACUCCUCAACAGAUAGUGGCAGAAAGACCAGCUGUGACUCAGACUUAGAGGAUGCAGAGGUAAUGCAGGUGGUCCAGAGGUCUGGGACACACAUGCUGGUGUGUUUUGUGAGGGUGGUGAAGGAUAGACCCAUCAAUGAGCUCUCCCUAGUGGAGUCCACACAGGACGAAUACAUCACACGUCACACAAUGGAUGGCAAGAUCCUCUACACUGACCACAGAAUAUCUUUUGUGACGGGAUUAAUGCCAGGUGAGGUAAUGGGUACAUCAGCUUUCCAAUACAUGCACCCUGAGGACAUGAUGUGGUCUAUUGUGGCCCAUAAACUUAUGUUCACAAGCAGUCAAGGACAAGGUGUGGUAUCCUACAGGCUGAGGUGUAAGGAUGGUACCCAUGUCACCCUCAGGUCACGUGGGUAUAUUGAAAUGAACAAACAGACUGGACAAGUGGACACUUUUGUUUGUAUCAACACAGUGGUCAGUGUUAAAGAAGCAAAGGGUGAAAUCAGAAAUCAGAGACAAAAACUCCUUCCGCUGAUCAUCAACAAGCAAGGCAAAGAUCACCUCUCAUCACUCGCAGCCUUGAUGCCGCCAGAACUGAGAGAUGGGAUGAAGCAGACCAUAAGUUCAGAGAACUUCAGAAAAAUUAUUGCAAGUAUUGAUCCUCAUUUAGACAAGGAGCUGUCCCAGAACCCAGUAGCACCUCAGGAAGAUUCGUCUCCCCAAAUGCCGACCCCAGCAGGAAUGACUAACUCUUUGUGUACCCAGAAAAAGACAAGUACAAAACAUGGCCAUUUCUCAGGUCAUGUCAGGAAAGAUUAUUCUGAUACUGGGUGUUCACCACAGAGUACAGUGCAAGAACCAAAAACUAUUAUAGUGGAUAAUCCAUGCAUAGAGGCAACAAGGAAACGAGGUUCAGAGGAGGACCUUUGUAAUGUACCAUCCAAAAAAAUGGGUGUAAUGCCAGUGUUGGCCCAAACAGAACAAAAGUCAUCUUACAAACCACCAAAUAAUAGUCUUGAGGUACAACACAAAACAAAUUUGGUUAAUUCAGGAUCACAUUUGUCUAAAUCACCAUUGCAUGACCAAAGGCAGAUCGGUUUCCUCAAUAAUUCCUCACAAAAUAGUAUUAUUGAUGAUCAUUCACCAGCAGGAGACAACCUCACAAGAGUAAUUGGUAGUUUGUUUAUGAUGGAUAACAAAAAACAGCUUGAAAAUGUCUCUACCAGUGAAUCAAGUUUCAGUAAUCAGAUAGGGUACAGUAGUGAAUACUCAACAGGUACUUACCACCAGAUGAGUGAUUUUACCCCUGCACAUGAAGACAGUUAUCAGCCAACCAGAACCAAUGUUAUUUCCUGUGCAAUUAACAACUCCUUUGAAUGUGAUAAUUCUGGCAGUGUAAAACAAAAUGGCCGUCAAAAGUACAGAAAUGAUGUUAUGGCAUCUAAAUGUAAUUUCCAAAGUGAUUGCCUCUCAAGUAAAAAAUUGCAUUCUGUUCAGCAUCAGAAUAGAGGACAAACAGAAACUUCUAACCAUGACUCACAAAUGUUUCCUCAAAACCAGGUUUAUUCUCAGCAAGAAGUUUCCACCAAGCAGGUCAGUCAGUACCAAGAUGGUGGUUGUUUGUCGUAUGGUCAGCAAUUUAUACCUCCUCAGACAAAUAUUAGUUCACACCAGGGAUGCCAGUUGAGCCUUCCAUCAUCAUCAGAUCUUAACUUCAAGGUACAGACACAUCUACAGCAAGAACACCAUCAUCCCCUGCAACAAAGACACCAGUGCCAAGAACAGCACAUCCAGCAAGAAAAACACCAGGGAGAUCAUUAUCAUCAGCAACUAAAACUACAACAGUGCCAAGAACAUCAUCAUCAUCAUCAUCUACAACAGUGCCAAGAACAUCAUCAUCAUCUACAACAAUGCCAACAACCACCACCACCAUAUCAGCAGCAGCAACAGCAAUCAUUUCAAAAUCAACAACAAUUGUAUCAAGAUAGACAGCAUCACAACCACCUCCUUCACCAAACGCAACUACAAGAGCAGUGUCAAGAACAGCAACAACAAAAAGAACCAGAAAGUCUGGAACAUAUUCUACCCCAGCAAGAAGAAGGCCAGCACCAACAACAAAGACAACAUUGCCAGGAACAGCAGUACAGCCAUCACUUACAAAGGUCACACAGCCAGCAGCAUCAGUCAUAUCAAGAACCUCAGAGACUACAAGAAGAGCAGCUUCUACACCAGAGACAGCAAAUUGAGCAUGAACUUCCUCUUCAGCAACAAAGACAACAUCUACAGCAAAGACAACAAUAUUUACAGCAGGGACAGCAAUGGCAGCAAGGACAGAAUUUACAGCAAAUAAAUCAACUACAGCACGAACCAAAUCUGCAACAGAGACAGCAUAAACCUCUACAGCCAAGACAACAUUUACAACAGGAACAGAAUAUACAGCAGAGUCAGCAAAUAGAACACCAACACCACCAACAAAGUCAACAACAACCACAACAAAAACAACCUUUUCAACUAGUACGUCAAAAUUGUGAAUUCCAUUUACAACAAAGACAGGAACAGGAAAGUGAACACCAAUUACCACAAGUCAACCAGCACCAUCUAGAACAAGUUUUGCAAGCAGUACAGCCGAGCCAACAGCAGCAGCAGCCAGGUUGUCUCUUGAUGAAUGAAGCACCUGAGACAAGGAAGGACAUUGAGGGGACUCCAGUUAUUUUUACCCAUUGUUCUUCAUCGGUAUCAUUUCAAGAUGAAGAUUACCAGUUGUGUGAAAGCUCAUCAGGAACAACUGUAGAGAACAGCUUAUUUCAUCAGUAUGGUGCCAACUUUCAGCCACAGAUUGUAGAUCAGUUUUCAGGACAGCACCUCUGAUAUAGGUCCAGCUGGCCUUCUGUUGGCAUCUGUGGUUCCUGGGAUUAGCAAAAAGGAAGAAAACAAAUGAUAAUCUCAGCAAGUAUCAGUACAUAGUCUACAGUACAGUAUAAGUAGAAUUAA